AUGGCCUUGGCACUUGCUGCAGCGGCUGCAGAUGCGCCGGGCGCGCUCCUGCCACAUAUGCGCCUGCCCCCUGCGGCGGCAGAAACCAUGGAGGUCGCCGGGCCCUGCCGCUGGUCCGGACCGCCCCUGAACAGUCCACCUGACGGCUACUGCUUUCUGUAUGCUUGGCUGGCUUCUCUCGAGCCCGAGAGAUGGCAAGCUGUCGCGAAAGACAGCAUGGGUUUCAUCGUGGACGCCGAAGAAGAAGGGAUCUGGAAGGCAAAGGCCCGCAGCCUUCUGGACAAAGUCUUGGCUUUGAUGGAGAGCGAAGGUGCACACGACAUGGCGGGAAGUCUUCGACGCGGCGCCUAUCCCGGGGACGAAGAAUUCGCCUUUUACACGCGAGCCUUAGGCGGGGCCUUCCUUCUGACUCCACUAAGCGAAGAUAAGGCCUUUCCUGUGAUUCAUGGGGAGGGCCCUGUGCACUGCGAGCUUGGCUUCGUGUAUAGUACUGAUGGAGCCGGCUACUCUUCUGGCCAUUACGUGCUGCUGCGAAGCUGGGCGCCCGACCAGAAGAUUGCACAGCCAGCCGCCAGGAUGUCGCUGUCGGACUCGGACUCGGACUCCAACGCAAAGCUUCAUUGCCCUCCGGAGAGAGCUGGGGCCCCACCCCUCGCUGAUGACGCCGCCAGUGAGACGGAUGACGACGCAGCCUGUCACACAGACGAGGGCGACAAGUACGUCUCCGAACAUCCCAGCAGCAAACUUGACGACAACGCAGAUAAUGCCCAGGACGGCGAAGCGUCCAGGUGUGCCGACGCGGAGGGCGGGUCCACGGCCAAGCUCCAGACCACAGUGGCUGCUGCUUGCUGUGAUUCCCAGCUAAAGGAAACUCCCAACAGUGACGCGCGCAGCGGCAGCGGCCUUCUGGACGGCGCAGGCGAUGCCCGGGACGGCGAAGCGUCCAGGUGUGCCGAUGCGGAGGGCGGGUCCCCGGCCAAGCACCAGACCGCCGUGGCUGCUGCUUCUGGCGCGGCGCCCUCCAGCUGUGAUUCCCAUCUAGAAGAAACUUCACCAACGCCGACAGACAAGCGAGGCAAGCAGCUGCAGACGAGCACGUGGGCCACGGCUGCGAUGGCAUUUGGACGCACGAGCAGGAUUCUGAAAAUUAGACCCAAGUGGCUUGGACGCAUCCUGUCCGGCGAGAAAACGAUAGAGAUACGCGGAGAGGCCUGUCCGCACGAAGGUUGGGUGACGCUUGCAGAGGUCAAGACACGAAGAAUCCUAGCAAGGGCUCGAAUUGGACGGAGCCGCCGCUUGACAGAAACAGACAGGCACGAGAACCACGAAGCGCUCCGAGAAAUUUCGUACCCAGCGCCGUGGGCGUGGCCACUGGAGGAAGUCGAGGUCCUGCCUGCCCCGAUCAGCAUUCCCAGCUGGGUGGCGAAAGGCUCCGUGCGAUGGAUUACUCGCGAGAGGUGGGAGGCUUUCGACCGCGACCCGGGCCUCGAGGCGGCUCCAUUCACCCCAACUGCAUGGGCUGCGCGGCAAUCGAAGAGGCGAUCGGCCGAACAGGGCUGCGAGGAUGCAGCCCCUCAGAAGAAGCCCAAGCAGACAAUGGCGCGGAAACGCUACGCGGCCGAGCUCUGCUCCACGCAGUCAUGCAUCUUCAACCCGCAGCGCCCGGGCUCGGCAGCGCGGAGGCCACGCCUGGCCAGCGCGUGCGCGUUUUGCAGCAAGGCGACGAUGCAGACUGCGGCCGGUACGCCAGCCGGGCGAGGUCGUCUGACCAAAGCUCUCAAAGCAUUCCGCACCUGCAGCAACGGCACUGUGCACGAGAGAGCCCUGAAGCGUCUCCGGCACUGGGCACCUGCCCACGCUGCGCGAAUAGAGAAAUCGGCUAGCGCGCCUAAACGCCACAAGCCUGUCGAGGGGGGCCAGUGUGCCAGUGACAGUGCAACGUGGGAAAGCUGCAAAGCUCGCCGCAGGCACGUUGCGGCACCUCCCGAUGGCCCGGCCAAGAAGGUCUAUCGUUCCGCAGUCCUGGCGGAUCAGCGCUACGCGAAGAAGCGAUUCUACCCAGAUGCACCACGGCGCGCCCGAGCGUCAGGGUCGGAACUGCUCGCACCCGUCGACAACGACUGCGACCUCCCACCGGCGAGCCGCUCCGAUGUUUCCAUCGGCCUGCAGCGCUGGUGCACAGAGGGGGCCUGGGGAAUGUGUACAAGCUGUCAGAUGCUGCAGAUGCGCCCGCUGCGACCUAGAGACCUGCAAGCAGAGGAACACAAGCCCGAGGUUCCUCGUUCCAGCUGCCGCCGCUGCGGCGCGAAACAUCCGCACGUGGUGCCGCGCCCAGAGGACGUGCCGCUGCCAUUGCGCGAGCUGCCCCACGACGUCGUCCAGGCACUUCGCCCUUUGACGAUCGACGUGGGGCCGGUCACCCGCGCGGACAACGGCUAUCGCAAAAAGGUUCGCAUGACGACCUUUUCCUGGGGGCUGGAGAAGGUCGACGUGAAAGUCGAGAAACUACCUAAGGAGUCACGACGCCUCGCGCGUGCUGCGCUGAAGUUUCUGCGUCGGUCGUCGGACAGUCUGUAUGGGCAUUUUUACGAUCGCCACUGCUCCUUCUUGGACCAGAACGCUUCUGGGCCCACCCCGGAGGUGGCUCGCAGACCACUCCAGUUCAUUGAGGAGCCUGGCCUCGAGAACGCUCUCUGGCCGCACUUGUAUUGGGAUGCUAAUAUGUGCGAGUCUUACGAGCGCCUCAAUCGGCGCCGCUUCCGGCAGCUAGCCGCCACCGAAGAUCCGCAGGGCCAGGCCGAGACUAGCGAUGCCGACGAGGCAGAAGAUGUCGACGAUCGCCGUCACAGCAUCAAGCGUUCCUUCCUCUGCAAACUGCUCAGUCCCCUCCUUGGGUAUGGAUCCGACUUCGAGCUUCUGCAGUUCGUGUAUGACCUGCAUCUGUGGACGGAUCUGGGAAGCAAGCGCAACGUGGCGGACGGAACCGCCAUGCGGAUCAUGAUGCGCGGACACCCGAUGUCUCCGCUCUACUGGAAAGAUGUGAAGAACGGCCUGCAUGACCUCGUCCGCCAGAUAGGCUACCCUCACCUGUAUUGGACGCUGGCACCUUACGAGCGCAGCUUUCCGUACCACGCUUACUUGCUCGACGAGAUGCAGAAGCUGCUGCGCGAGCGAAUGCGACUGCCUGCCUUCGAGUGUCUGCACCUCACGCACACGAUGCUGCAGGUAACUCGCAGUCUUCUGGCCGGGCGCGGAAGGCAUCGCGGCACGGGCUGGACUCGGCAUCUGCUGGGGAAGGGGCAAGGACUAGACGGCGUGCAUUUCUUUACGCGCAUCGAGUUCCAGGAUGGAUCCAAGAAAGCCGGUACACAGCAGUAUCACGGCUCGGGCCGUCCACAUGUGCACGCACUGUUCUGGCUGCGAGAUCCUGCGGCAGUUGACCUGGGGUCAAUCGCAGCAGCAACUGAAAAUCUCCCAGAAGCCGAGAACGAUCUCGCCGCAUUCGUUCGAGGCUCGCAGCGUGAUGAUGCCGGCGAGAGCCGCUGGCCGGUGCAUGACGGUCCGCCGCAGUUUGACCCCGUCACGGGUGGCUGGACCCUUCCUCACACGCCGGACGACGCCGACCAGGGCGUUCGCGGGUACUUCCUCGACAUCAUGGACGCUCUGCGCUGCCAUCAGGACUUACAGUGCAGACAGGGACGUGGUCUCUUGCUGGCGUACGUGGCCAAGUAUGUGGCCAAAUGGUCCGACUCCUCGUACGACGAGUGGAUGUCGGACGCGAGCAGCGUCACGAGCCUGUGUCGGAAGAUACUAUUCGAGUAUCACCCGCUCGAGCCUGAGAUGGUCCUGCAGCUGACGCAAGGUUUGCGUCAGUGGGAGUUUGGAACUGUCCAGACUGGUCGCCGGUCCGUACGUGCGCCGCAUCCCUGGGACGAAUCAGCUCAGCAGCCCUUGUUCGUACAAAAAUACAUGGACUGCGCCUGGCGUGGGGAGACCAUGUCCCUGCUGGAGUAUCUGCGUAAAAGUGGGCCGCACGGUGAGAUCGCUGCAUGGCUGCGGCAGCGACACGAGGAGGCGCAGAAUGCUGGCACGCAGGUGGACCUGGAAGAAUUCGUGCGAGGGUACAUGAUGCGUGGAGAGCAAGUCGUGGCAGUCGAUUAUUUGUGGCGGCUGAAUGACCGCUUCUUCGGUCAAUGGUGCAUGAUGCACCUGCCUUUUCGAUCCUUGGAAAUCUUCCGGACCGUCCGGGGUGUAGACAGUGUUCCGGAUCGUUAUCGUGGGUUUGCCACGGCUCUUCUGCUCACAGACAAUGCCGAUGGUCCACAUCGGGGGCACUGGCGUGAUCUGGGUAACUUGGUCCGGGACAUGCAGUUGGAGGGGCACACGGACGCAAUUAUCCGGGACACACGGCUGUUUUUGGAGGCUGUCACAGUCGCUGUGAACGCAUACAUCGACGGCCGCAUCGACAAGACGGAGGAAGACAGUGUGGGCAAGCCUGUGGAGCAAGCUCGCCUUGGCCUGUUCGAAGGCCAGCAGCUGCUGUUUUUCAACGCCAUACAGGAGCGAGUGACUCGCUCCCUGCAAGCACAGCAAGCGACGGACGACACAGACGUUGAACGCAUCUUCUCGCAGCUCCGGGAUCUGCAAAACCGGCCCUUGAUUUGCUCCGGCAGGCCGGGCACGGGGAAGACGACGGUGGCCUUGGAAUGUGCACAGUGUGCACUGGCCGAUGGCGCGGCAGUGCUGGUGACCUGUCCCACAGCUCGGAUGGCAGGCCGCGUGCGCCAGCGGCUUGGCGACCACGCCAAUUUGGUUGUCGACACGGCUGCAGCCGCGUUUCAAUUUCAUCUGCCUGAGCAGGAGGCGGCGUACGUCUUGUGCGGAUACACGCUGGUAAUUGUCGACGAAUACUCGCAACUCGGUCUGGAAGACUUUGAGCGCGUUCUCCGGCUGUGGAGCAUGGCGGACCGUGUUCCUGCGAUGGUUUUCCUCGGAGAUAAGUACCAGCUGCCGGGCGUGGCACCACAGCGGCCGUGGGAAAGCACGGCCUGGAAGUCGUGUCAAAGGAUGGAGCUUGCCAAAAUCUAUCGCAGUCAUGACCCUGCUUUUCUGCAAACGCUGGCUUUGCUGCGAUCCAGCAUGCCAACGAAGACAGAGGUGAAUAAAAUCUGCCGCGGCCAUAAGGCCUGGUCGGGCAAAGAGCCCACUGUGGAAGACAUGGAGCGACUCCUUCACGAGUAUCCCACGGCCACAUAUGUUGCGGCCACAAGGAGUGGGGUCGCUUUGAUCAACAAGCUCGCCCUGGCAGCUUUGUACCCUGGCGUCAGCCCCGCAGCCGUGCUGCCCGGCGCUUAUGAGGACAACCCGGAAAAUUUCAACAACAGUUCCUUGCGCCUCGACCGACAGCCUGCGCCUACCGAUGUGGAGAUUUACUUGGGCGCUCGCAUCUACCUCACACGGAAUGUUCGGAAGACGGAUGACUUUGUCAAUGGCAUGGGCUGUACUGUUCUGGAGUACGAGGCGGCCACCCGAGUGCUGUGGGUGCGAACGGACACCGGAAAGCGACUGCCCGUCACCCCCUGGCAUGAUCCGGAAUUUGCAGGGCUGGUCUACUAUCCACUUCGCUUGGGCUACUGCAGCACCAUCGCAAAAGUGCAAGGCGACGAAUUCUCUUUCAUCAUUAUCUACUUGGACGUGCCAAACUUGCCGGCAGUAGGCUACACUGCGCUGAGCCGGGUGAAAGAUGCUCAAUCCUAUCUUCUGGGCGGCGUGCUUACCCCGGAGCAUUUCACCCCUGUAACACUGCGAUGA